AUGUGGCCCACGGCCACCGCCGUCGUCGGCAUCCGUUCCUGCGCUCGUGCUUCGGAGCUGAGGAUAUUGCUGGGAUCCACGCGGUCAAUAUCGCGUCAAGCAUCGUUCUCGACGCCGACCAGAUCGAUCGGCCAUAUUGGUCUUGUGAAUCGUACUAUUCUGGCGCCUUCCCUCGUUCCGACACCGCCGACCUUAUCACGCACCUUCUAUGCCUCUGCAGUCAAGCUCGACAAGACCGAGCCUGUCAAAGCGGCGCAGCCUUCCACACAGACGAUAAAGGAUGCUACCCACUCCGAGACAACGACAGCGAAGGAUGACGAGGCAUCGACGAUACAGAUGGGUGCUGCCGCAUCAUCAGGAUCCCUGGCUUCCAGAUUGGCAGCACGGGUAAGAUCACUCCUGCAGGCGCAACUGGCGAAAUCGACUCCCAAAAACAAGGACGGUACAUCGUCGACUCCUACCACUUUCCCGGAUCUCAGGCGUCUCUUUUCGCUGGCGAUGCCUCAGAAGAAGAACAUCCUCAUCGCACUCGCCCUCCUCCUAGUCUCAUCCUCCAUCACCCUCACCGUUCCCUUCGCCAUCGGUCGCCUCAUCGACUUUUUCACCUCGGGUCAGAACGCGCUCUUCGGUCUCGGCUUCGGCACCGUCGCCGCGCUCAUGCUCCUCAUCUUUGCCAUCGGCGCUUGCGCGAAAGCGGGCAGCAACAUCCUGCUCGAGCUCUCCGGUGUGCGCGUCAUCCAGGGCAUUCGAAACCAAGCAUACCGAUCUGCACUUCGACAGGAUGUCGAACUGGCUGACAAGGGUGCCGGUGACGUCGUGAGUCGACUCAGCGUCGAUACCAACAUCGUGGGAGAGUCGCUCACGUCGGACAUUGGGGACGGUCUUCGUGCUGGUGCGACGGUGCUGUUUGCGGGUACGGCCAUGUUCAUGAUCUCGUCGAAGUUGACGUUGCUCAUGAUGGCGGUGGUACCACCUGCUGCGAUCGGCGCUGUGUUCUACGGUCGCUACCUACGCGAUCUGACGCACAAGACGCAGGAUGCCGUUGGGCAGAUGACACGACUCGCGGAGGAGCGACUCUCCCCACCCGCCUUCCGCACGCUCACCGCCUUCAACACGCAACGUCAAGAGCUGCGUCGCUUCGACGACAAGAUCGGCUCCAUCGUCGAUCUCCAGACCAAAGAGGCCUACGCCUCGGGCUUCUUCUACGCCGGCACCGGCUUCGUCGGCAACUGCGCCAUCCUGACGCUGCUCACGUACGGCGGACACCUCGUGAGCCGCGCCGAGAUUUCGGUGGGAGAUCUGACGAGCCUGCUCAUGUACACGGCGUACCUGGGAGGGGGGAUGGUGAGCCUGACAUCGUUCUUCGCUUCGUUGAUGAAGGGGUUGGGUGCGGGAGCGAGGGUGUUCGAGCUGAUCGAUCGCGAGUCGAACGUUGCUCUGGGCAAGGGAGAGGUUCUGCAGGUGGCAGGCAGGCUGCCGGUGAGGUUCGAGGAUGUUCACUUCACCUACCCUUCCCGACCGGAACAGCCGAUCUUGCGAGGAGUGACGUUGGACAUCGAACCCGGCCAAUCCUACGCCUUGGUAGGUGGAUCGGGUGCGGGCAAAUCCUCCGUCCACUCGCUCCUGCUCCGUUUCUACGAUCCCAACCAGGGUAAGAUUUUGCUGGAUGGUCGCGACCUCGCAUCCUUCCGACCCGAAAGCGUUCGAAAGCACCUCGCGUUCGUCCCGCAGGAACCCAUCCUGUUCGACGGCACGCUCGAGGAGAACAUCAAGUACGGCACCCCCUCGGCCACGCGCGAGGACGUCGUGCUCGCAGCGCGCAUGUCCGGCUGCGAAUCCUUCAUCGCGGAGAUGCCGCGCGGACUCGAUACGGUCAUCGGCUCGCGUCAGCUGUCCGGUGGGCAACGGCAACGCAUCGCCAUCGCGCGAGCGCUGGUGCGCAAACCAUCGAUCUUGCUUCUGGACGAGGCGACGAGCGCGCUCGACAGCGCGUCCGAGUUGAUGGUCAACAAGGCGAUCGAAGAGAUCAUCAGGGAAGGGAAGAUCACCGUGUGGAUCGUCGCGCAUCGGUUGUCGACGAUCAGGAGCGCCAACAACAUUCAGGUGCUGGAGAAGGGUAGAAUUGUGGAGCAGGGCACGUUCGAGCAGCUGGAUCGCCCGGGCAGUCGGUUCAGGAGCUUGAUGGCGGCGCAGCUGGAUGUGGGGGAGCAGCAGGACGAGGUGCAGGGGGACGCGGAUGGCGGGCGCAGAAAUAUGGAGUCAUCCUCAUCGAACACGAGCGUUUGGUCAGUCGGUCAGAAACGUUCCUUCCACAGCACCCGUCCGCACCACCAACGCUUCCACCCUUGCAUUCCGACAACGGGCACCUGGAGCAUCCGCUCCAUCAUCGAUCCUCCAUCCCACCCGACCACCUCCGACCUAACCGAUGCGCAGCUGGACAAACUGCACCGCUUAUCCGCCUUGAUCCCUCCGCCGCUCAAUAGCUCCGCCCGCUCGGCGCUAAAGCGCGACUUGCGUGUGCUGUUGAGCUUGGUCCAAGGUGUUCAUUCCCACUCCAGUGCGGGGAGAGAGGGGACGGUGGUGGAUGCCAGACCCUUGGUCGUUCACGAUGGACGGUGGAACGUUACUAUCCCUGACGACAUCUCCGUGAAAGAGCAGCGGGUGGAGGAGGAGAACGGCAAGGAGGGGAGGAGAGUUCUCAAUCGCGAUUCCGAAUUGCUCGCAAAGGUGGAUGACGCGAGAAAGUACCAAGCGUACUUUGUAGUUGAUCGAGCUUGA